CGGAAAAACGAGUACUACAGCGUGCCCGAUUAAUUUUUAUCUUUAUAAUACCAAAAAUGUAUUAAAGUGUACGGUUUUUAUACAUAAAAUAAAUACAAUUUGUAUUUAAGAUAUAUUGCAACAGUUGCUUUUGUAGUGCGUCGUUUUAUAUUAUUAAAAUGAAAGAUCCCUUUGUGACCGACUCCGGUAUCGAUUCGCCAACUAGAGAUAGUCUUAAAAAUAUUGAAGGAUGUUAUAAUAAAAAUAUAUUUAAAGGAAAAUCGUUUGCUAAUUCACGUCGUGCCUUGCAAUCAGGGGCUGAAAAGAUAUCCAGGACUUUCAAGAGCGUUAGAAAUACGUUCGGCAAUAUAUCGCAGCAUUUUAGACUUAGUGGUAGACGUAGACAUCGGCUGACAGAGGCUGGCUCUCCUUGUCGGAUACCAACAACUCCUGUUACAAAGAAGAAACAGAUCGUGGGCAGGAGUCCUACCAAGCUGUACAGUCCAUUUGGCAUUGAAACACCUCACAAUCGUGAUUUUAGAAUGUCACCAUACAUGCCAGACACACCAGACCAUGGUUUCUCACCUAAGAGGCGUAAAGGUGUUACUCACUCCUGGCACAUUUUAGCCAAGAAGCGUCCAAGGGCACUCUUCCAAUAACAUUAAUAUAUAAAACAAUAUUAUGCACAAAUAACCCACCGCUUAAUGUAAGUUUAUAAUAAGCUUUAUAUAUGAUAGUAUAAUUUUGUAUGAACGGUGCUAUGGAGUUUGUGGAACGCUUUAUAAAGAUUAAAGAUGCUUCCAACCAUAUGAGGCUCGGAAAAAAACAGACUGAUAAUUUAUAUUUAGCAACAUCUUAAUGUACUUAAUAAUGGAUAUCAGUAAAGUGAACCACAAAUUUAGUUUAACAAGUUAAGCUAAUGCAAUGCAACUAUAUAGUAAUUUAU